AUGGGGACUCCAGAAACAUCCCGGGAACCGUGCCCCGACCGCAUCCUUGACGACAUCGGCGGUGCCUUCGGCAUGGGUGCUGUCGGUGGGUCCGCCUUCCACUUCCUCAAGGGCGUCUACCACUCCCCAUCCGGCGCCCGGUUCGUCGGCGGAUCCCAGGCCGUCCGGAUGAACGCGCCGCGCGUCGGCGGGAGCUUCGCCGUCUGGGGAGGCCUGUUCUCCGCCUUCGACUGCACCAUGGUCUACGUCCGCCAGAAGGAGGACCCCUGGAACUCCAUCAUCGCCGGCGCCGCCACCGGUGGCUUCCUCCAGAUGCGCCAGGGGCUCGGCGCCUCGGCCCGAUCGGCCGCCUUCGGUGGCGUUCUCUUAGCGCUGAUUGAAGGAGCUGGGAUCAUGCUUAAUAAGUUUAUGAGCCAGCAGCAGCAGAUGCCGGUUGUGAUUGAAGAACCGGCGAAUAUGCCCGGUGUGCCUGGUCUUCCUCCGAUGGGCCGGGCUCCUGGUCAGCCAGGCCCACCGGAGAUGGCAACGUCUGUUAGCGGCGGCUCUGAGGCGAAUUCGAGCUCAGGAUCGUGGUUUGGGGGGUUGUUUGGAAAGGGCAAUGAGCCUGAGGCUAAGAGCAGCGGAAGCGAGACGAAGGUUUUGGAGAGUUUUGAUGCACCGCCUGUUCCAACCUUCGAGUUUAAGUGAUUGAUCGAAUGAUUAAGUGGACAAAGAGCCUAAGACAGGUAUGCAAUUUUCAGUUUUGUUCCGAGGCGCUUGAAGAGCAGUACAUAGUAGAGACACGAAGCUCGCAACAACCAUGUCGAAAGAAGAUGGGUAAACUCAAUCGGUUUGGUUUUCCUAGGUUAACUAUUAAGAUCAUUGUUAUAGUCUGGCUGGUUUACUAGUUCCAAAUAAUUAAUUGAAGGUUAUAUUUUCGGGAUUGUACGUUAUAGUCUGGCCGGAUAACUAGUUCGAGGAUGAUUGUUACUUUCGUGUUUGCAUUAAUGUGGAAUUAGUUAGCCUUCAUCGAA